GGUUCAGAGGGUCAAAAGGAGGGGGGAAAGGGCAUUGCAACGCGAGCCUGCGAUAAAAGAUGGAGCUGUCAAAAUCUGGUAAAACCGGGAGUGGGAAACAGAAGUGAGCAAGACGUUUUUGGAGUAGUGACGGGAGCAGAACGACAGAAUGGUUUGGGUCGGAGCGGACCUUAAAAUCACUUUGUACCAACCCUUCUGCCAUGGGCAGGGCGCUUUCCACUAAACCAGAUUGUUCAAAACCCCAUCCAGCCUGGUCUGGAGCACUUCCACAUCCAACACAUCCAGUUGUGGAUGGGGCAUCCACAACUUCUCUGGGAAACCCCAGUGCCUCACCUCUCUCACAGUAAAGAAUGAACAGGAGAGUGGGGACAGCAUGGGCAGAGAGAGCCAGAAUGAGAACAAAGCCUGGUGAGAAAGGGGGCUUGGGUGAGGCAGUAAGGUUGGAAUGAGGCUCUGGAGACAGAGGUUGGGUAGGGAGGGAGGAAACCAUUGGGAAGCAGCCAUGUGUGAUAGGGUACAGUGAUGUACCUGUUUUGCUCACAGAUUUCUUUACUGUGGGGCCUUGCUUCAGCCAGUAGCUCAAGAUAUAACCUGGGAAAACGCCAUUGAGGGAUCUGAUGACUUGAGAGCGUUGGAGCGUGUUUAGAAUAGGAGGUUGGUUGGAGACAAGGGAAAGUGCAGUGAUGAGCAGAGCACAGGAUCUUGCCCUGUAGAAUCAGAUUUUAUCCUGUUAUCUCCUGUAAAGAAUUUAUAUGAUGGUGCAGUAGGUUUGAGAGAUUUUCUGCAUGAAACACUGGGUGAUAGACUGUUCAGUUCUACUUAGAUUACUCAGAGUUUAUCUGUAAGAUGCAUGAAAUUCAUGUCUCUAAAGACCAUUAUCACUUGAGAUCACUGGGACAGGCUUUCUCAGAUAAAAAUUACAGACUUUGGGAUCUCUUCUUACCUGCUAACCUGCUUCAUGGACAGUGAAAGAGUGUGAGAAAGAAAUGUUGCCUUCAUAUUUGCUCUGCUUUUAGGUCCUGUCCUGGUUUCAACCUGGACAGGGUUAAUUUUUUGCAACGGUGCUAAAAUGGAGUAUACCAUUCCUAAAGCACAACAGGCCCUUUGGAAUGCAUUUGUUUUUGACAAGCUGGGAUACUGGGUGUUAUGUUACCUGCAUUCAGUGCAUGAUAAGUGUGCAGUUUGUCCACUGUGCUGUCUCUUUCAGUUUGCAUCAGUGUAUUUCAGGUAACAAGGCUGUACAGCCUCAUGAGGGUGCAAGAUGUCCUCAGGAUUUAUAAGACAUUUCUUACAGAGAUAUGCAAAGAGGAGUUUGGAUGCAGCAGGAUGUUCAGGUGACAGUAACACAACUAUAAUAACAAAUUCCAUCCAUUUACAGAAAAAAAAUCUUAAUUGUAUCCUGAAUCACCCACCAUCUUACAUGUGGCAUAAACAAAAAAAAAAAAGCCAAUGUUAGUCAGGGGUUCAAUGUGUCUAUCACUACAGUAAUUAAAUACUUUAGAAAUACAGGGAAAGAUUGCACCAGUUCUAGCAUUCAUAGGGGUCUAACUGCAUCUGCAAUUAGGAUGAUAUAUCACCUUCAUAUUUCAAAAGUGAAGAUGCAGUAAAACGAAAACCUUUCAGCACAAAUUGUUUAGCAACAGCCAAAUGCUGUGCGUAAAAUUGAAUUGUGAAGUGCAAAAUAUUUUGAGAAUUAUGAUACUCCUCUUCUUAAGGAAACAAUGCUACAUUUUUUAAUUAAUGGAAUGCAGUGAAUUAUAAUAUUGCAGCCCAAUAUCCUGCAGCCUGCAGGAGCAGCCACCCUCAGGUAAGGCUAAACCUGUGGAAAUGCCUCCUAAUGCUCUCCCAUUCCCCAGCCACCUGCAGCAGAUGCCAUGUUCUCUGCCUGUUUAGUAAGACAGUAGAUUUCUUCUCAUGGUGUUUGUCCAGUUUACCCCACAGCUGUUGCAUGAGAAAGAACCUUUCCCAGUUUGAACAUGGCUUCUCCCAGCUUCAAAUGUUUCCCUUAUGAAAAGAAUAAAUAAGAAAUUGAUCCAUACUCAGCUACUGUACUGGUGGAUUUUAUAAAUAUCAGUCCUUGUAAUCUCUUCCAAGAUGACAAACCCAGGCAUAUCCAAUGUUCCUGCUCUGGGAGCUAGUCUAUACUCCCCCUUACUCUCUUUUCUUGUUGUACUAUGCCCUACUAGAGAUACCCGCUUUGGACCAAGGCUGCACUGAUAGGUCUGACCUAGGCAGGGCAGUGCACUUGGGCUGUGAUUUCUAGCACACAUGACAUUAAAAUGUGGCACUUAUACCAGCAGAAAGAUGCUUGUGACAACACUUGUUUCACUUGAGGUUGCACUGGCAAGUAGCAUGUUUCAAUUAAAGUAAAAUAAGCCAUUCUUAAAAAAUUUCUACUGAUGAGGUUCUACUGAUUUAAAAAGUCAUAUGUAACAAAAUGAGUAAAAGUUUGCUAUUGACAAGGAGCCCAUUUUACAGGACUGCUUCACACUGACUUGGUGCAGGGCUGGUAUGUCCUUCCACUAGAACCAGACUUGAUUUCCUUGAUCCACGUGGAUGACACCAAAGCAACCUGCAUUGCUGUAGCUUCCCCAGGCCACCUGCCCUUCCCUGCCCACCCUUGCUUUCCUCUGGUACAUCCUGUUCUGAAAUGCUUCUUUUCUACUCCCCCACCUAUUUCUGUUUCUUGCUCCUUGCUCUCACACGCGGUCAUGGGGCUCAGCUUCAAAGCCCUUGGACCUAUCUGUUGUUAUUUUCUUAAUACAUCUUAGGUGAGAGUGAGGAUCUCCCCUUUGCAGUGAUCCUGGCUUUGCUACUUUUAUCUGUGCUUCUCAGAAGGUGACCUUGCCUCCCAACUGCCUUUAAAGCAUUUCAUUAUUUCCUUUUUAAAUCCCUUUUCAAAGCUAACCUCCAUGACAAAUACUGACCAAAUAAUGAUAAUAUGAAGGAUUCUGGGAAUAACAUCCAUAGCAAUUAAAAAUAAAACAAAAGCAAAUACAUGCAAUGUUUAUAAAAUGGAACAUAUUCUCACAGUAACUCUUACCUGCUCAAUAAUUCUGAGCUCCACCCUUACAUUCACAUCUCCCUUACCAUGUAAGAAUAGUGCUGGACAAAUCAGGCAAGUAUUUCUAAGACAAGAUGAAGCUUUUUAUAUGUUUAUGUAUGAACUCUUAGAAAACAGCAUUCACUGUUUCCUUGAAGGAAAUUAUUGGAUUGGAUAUGUAUCUGAAUAUAAUAAAAAAAUCAAAUCAACCUCUCCCUUUAUAAGCAGAUGAUAAGAUUAAGAAAUUAAGAACAGUAUUUAAAUAGAGUAAAAUUUUCUAAUUUGCAUGUUUCUAAAGACAAGUGAUUCUAUCACCUUUAUGUGGUGGAUAAGCUGAGAGAAAUAUCUGAGAGUGUUUAAGUCAAUGCAUUGAAUUAUCUCUUAGCAGGAAGGGAUAGGUAAACCUGAAUUCCCUACAUGAGAAUCUCUAAUCCCUGUAAUUCAUAUAUUGAAGGAUUUGAUUCAGCUGGAGUAUCUGGACAACUUUCUGCAACCUGUGCCCUGAUCAAAAUGGUUCUGGCUGAUCAAAAUGCUAGUUAUAAUGGUCUUUGUACUUGAUUUUUUUUCUUCCUGGUGCUCUGUACCUUUUCAGUCUUUAGCUUCACGCAUAUAAGAAAAAGGGUGGUUUCAAGGGGCAUUGUUCCAAUGAACUGUGGACCAGAAGGUGGCAAAUGGUGACAUCUGGGGAACUUGUAUGGAAAAUUAUGGCAAGCUAAGUGAGGGUUUUUUCUUUUAGUUUAAAAAUGGUCUCUAAUAAAGAGGAGAUGUCACAUGUCACUUCAUCAUACAGUUGCAGCUGUAUCCAGAAGGACAUACAAUUGGAUUAAGCUUCAGAGACACUCCAGUCCUCUCAAAAGGUAUUGGCAAUGCACAAAUAACCAAAUACUCAAAUAUUAUUCAUCACUUGCAGAAUUAGAGGUCUCGCAGUAAUAUCUCCUUUACACUUUCUUUGGUAAAGAUGGGAAUCAACUAAGCAAAUGCAAAUCACAAGGUCAGGGUUGUUUGAUGUAUGAUUUUGGGCCAUCUGUGAUGGAAGGGGAUGUUUUUCCUGUGUCAAAGUCCCCUUUGACACUUAGAUAUGACUGAUCUGGCACAUGAGAAAGUAAUUUUAUGUGGCUAUAUUAUCUCAGUGGGAAUUAAGCUAUGAUCCUUCUGAAAACUUUUUGCUUCUAAUUUUUGUUCAGCUUUUGCUUUUAUUUCAAAAUACAUAGACUCAGGUUGGAAAAGAUCACUGAGCUCAGCUAUUAACCUAGCACUGCCAAGCCCACCACUAAACCAUGUCCUCUGGUGCCACAUCUGCAAGUCUUUGAAAUACCUCCAGGGAUGUGACUCAACCACUUCUCUGGGAAGCCUGUUCCAAUGUUUGGCAACCCUUUCCAUGAAGAAAUUUUUCCUAAUAAUGCAACCUAGAUCUCUCCUGGUGCAACUUGAGGCCAUUUCCUCAUGAAGGAAAUCCCAGCUUGAACAUGAAGCCAUCCCAGAUAGAUUGGGUAUUUUUUUAAUGGUAGGUAAGCUGAACAAAUGUUUAGAAAGACACAGAGCAAACAUUGUAUCCAGACAAGUUAAGUCUGUUUCUUACAGUGCAUUUUUUUAUCUCCUAAUUGCCUUUUUAAAGACACCUUAAGUCUCAGCCUUCUAGUAAUGGGCAGAAUCCUCUAAUUAUGUUGUAGCUGUACUCAGAUUGUGUCAUUAGCCAAAUCUGUGGGAGCUGCAGGUUCUUGUAAUCAUUGUGGUUGUCUUGGCUGUGAUGGGUUGUUCAGUAUUUGCAACUACAGUGAAACAAUAAUACUGUUAAACAGUAAUUACUUCACUUUCACAGAGCAAAACAGAAGUGUUUAAGAGAAAAUCUAUUGGAAAACAAUAAUAAAGGGUACUUCAGUCACAGCUCCACAUUCUGUAAUUCUAGGACAGAAUAUGAAUUUUAAUUGCUCUUACAUUUAUGUACUGAAGGGCUCUGGGUUUCUUUGUUGUUGUCUUGUUUGCUUUUGUUUUGUUCUGUUUUUUUAAUGUGUAUGUAACUUUUGUGGGUUUGGUUUUGUUGGGUUUUUUUUUAUUUGUUUGUUUGUGAUCAAAUUCAGCUGCCUGCUGCUGUCAAAGCACCUUUGAAUCAUGGGAAUUGUAAUUAAUUGGAACAGUACCUAUUUGGUCUUGCCAGUUAUCAGGCACUCUUAACCUAAUGCUUCUGUGCUUCUGUUUCUGCCCAGUGUUGCCUUGGGUUUAACUUUUUUUUUUUUUUUUUUUUUUUUUUUUUUUUUUUUUGGUAUGGUAGUAAAUACAGUUAAAUCAUAUCCAGUUCUAUAGCUUUAGAUUGAUAAUGGACCAGAUAAUUUGUUUUACAAAUGGCCACUAUUUGUUUGCACCUUUGGAAGUGCUACUGAUGUAGUUUAAGCCAAAGAAGGCCACAUAAUAGGACUGUGAAUCCAUCAGGGACAUCUUAAAAAUUAGUUUGAAGAUGUGUAGCUUUUAUUCUUCUUCAUCAUAAAGCAUAUUGAUCAUGUAAUUGGGUUUUUAUAUAUAUUCCUAUAAGUAAGUUUUAUAGUGCUUUAUAGGAGCUCUUUUUUCCAAUGUAGCUCUGAAAUUAUAACUUCAUGUUUCUCUUGUUGGUUAUUAUUUUUUACUUGUGAAUUUAUGGAUUUUUUGGCAUUGUAUGAGAGCCUUAAUCAUAAACCCAUUAUAAUUAAUAACAUCUACAUCUCACUGAAAAUAUUGUUUCUAAUCUAAAGAGUGAGUAGCAACUUUGUGUGAAGAAUGCACGACUUUUUAUGCUUUCAGACCAACAAGUGCUGUCAAAGAAAGACAAUUGAAAGCAUAUGGCCAUAGGCAAGUGUUUUCAGAAGCCAUUAAUUUUCACCUCAACAACCACCACUAACCACAAAACAAGAUCCUGCUGGUUUAAGUAACUGCAGGGUAACAAAUCAAAUGUGAUGGAUCUAACCUCCCAAGAAACAGAGUGGCAAAUUAGGGAUGUGCCCUUGCCUCUCUGCAAGUAAAGCAGUUUAAUGUUAGUCCUGCCAUCAUAGAAAGGAGAUCUUCCAUACAGGGAACUUCCUCUGAAACUGAGCUUGUUCCUGCUGAGAUCCUGAUCUGCAGAUGCCAGGAUGUCUUUGGUGGGCUGGCCCCUUGCUAGAGCUUCUUUUUAGGUCGAAAAUUUUAGGUGACCAGUAGCUUUAUUAUUUUCUUUCUGUUAAAUUUAUAAUGAUUAUAUGCGUAUUUCUUCCAUGGGACAUUUGAAUAAAAUGUUUUAAAUUCAUUUGCAGUGUUUUAUGAUUAAUAUCUUUAAUAAAAUUCUAGGGGAUAUGUUGUUUCUCUGAAACUAAUUGUUGAAGUCUCUUGCUUUUCAGUUUAUACUUGAGGAUCCAAAAGCCUUAGCUACAUUUUACUUUUCAAUGCUUUUGUUGAACAGAAAACUUUUAUUUAAUUCUGCUCUUUCAGCACUCUCUCAGCUCAUCACUUAUUUUUAAUUUCUUUAGUUAUAGCAUGACAACUAUGAGAAAUUAGAGACUGUUCAUCUGGGAGGUAUUUUCCCUGGUUCAACAUCUGGGCUGCAAAUUACACCAAUGCAUGUGAAAAGAGUGAAAUGUAAUUUGGAAAUAAGAAAUUUCCUUUCUGUAAUGCAAGCUCACAUUAAGGUGACAACAUAAAGAGAGGAAUGUCGCAGGAAUGCACAGGACUGCAGCCAGCAACUGUCUCUGAGAUAAUUAGACCAUCAGGAAGAAGCAUGUUAACUUCUAACUGCAUUUCUGCUAGGAAAUGAAAUAGUCAAUCAUCUGAGUUAAAAACCUAUUGUAACUUGAGUGCAAUUCAGGGGUACUUAAGCUAAUUGCUCAUUGUGUUUUUAAUAGUAUAUGACUUUUUUAACACCAGGGACUGUGGCAGGCAAGACUUGAUUCACUUAAGUAGUUUAACUCAGAUCAGGAUCUAAGUGGUUUACUGAUUUAUUAAUGACACAUAAUUAGCUGACACUGUGAACUUCGCCUUCUGGAUCAAUAUCAACAGGCUGACAAAUAAACCAGAGUGCAAAACACUUGCAGGAUGUUAAAAGACACCUAUGAAUUGCUAAACUCCCUAAUGUCCACCAUUCCUGGUCCCACAGGAGCAUGCUUAAGUGUGCACCUCUCUCUCUUACAGGACAGGGGAUGACAAGUCCACCCAUCUCUUGUGGCCAUGCAUAUUCUGCUGGAGAGGGGGUUCCUGUGUCCUUAUGUGUACCAGUGCAGGUCUCUGCUGCCUGCUAGUCCAUGUGCUGCCCAAGUCUGUGUGACACCCAAGUCUCUUAACCUCUUGAAAGAGGUUAUUUCCGUUGCAAAACCAGUGCAUUUUCUCAAUGACACUGCCGGAAAGUUUCCUUGAUCAUCGCAGACCCGAACUGACUGGAAGCACGUCCUAGGGAUCCUUCUUUCUCCCAAGCAGAAGGCUCUGCGCGUCCCGCACUCCCCUGCGAUGGGACGCGGCUCCUCCAUCCCGACGCGCCCAGGCACGGCUCCCGGGAUUUUUAUUGUUGAAGAAUGGCACGGAGAUGUGGGCGCGGAGCCUGCUGCGUGUGCCGGGCGCAGCUCCGCCUCCCCGUCCCGGCUGCGGGGGCGGCGGUGCGCUUAUCCCGGCACGGGGCCGCUCCGCCGGGUCCGGCUCGGCGCCGCCGCCGCGGGCAGGACAUGAUAGGUAGCAAAGAAUCCUGUGCUUCAGGACAGUUACCAAUGACCAGCCUCAGCUGCCUUUUCUAUGCACUGGAAGAAUGGACUGUUGUGGAGCUCCUGAAGAAAUACCUUUUUCAUCUGAUCAUUGCCUCACUGACAAUUAGUGCAAUAUUAGUUUUUUUUAUAGUUCCUUUAACAAUAGUCCUUUUCAUUUACCUUACCAAUAUUUUGCUUUUAAUAUAUCAGAGGAACAAUGAGUUAAAAGCAGAUCCCUUGAGUGAUGUUUGGAAUAGUGUAAGAAAAACUAUAGCAAGCUUUUGGGAUAUAUAUGCAAGAGUAUGGCAUGGUUAUGAGCUUCAUGGUGUGAAAAACCUCCCAGAAGGACCAGGCAUUCUUGUGUAUUACCAUGGAGCUAUUCCUAUAGACUACCUUUACUUUUUGUCCCGACUGUUUCUGUGGAAGGAAAGACUUUGCCUGUCAGUAGCUGAUCAUUUUGUGUUUCGUUUACCAGGACUUAGAUUGUUGUUGGGAGUGACGGGUGUCAUACCAGGUACGAGGGAGGAGUGUCUUGCUGCCCUGAAGAAUGGAUACUUGGUGUCCAUCUCACCGGGUGGAGUUCGAGAAGCUCUGUUCAGUGAUGAAAGUUAUCAGCUCAUGUGGGGAAAUCGAAAAGGCUUUGCUCAGGUCGCUCUAGAAGCAAAAGUGCCCAUCAUUCCAAUGUAUACUCAAAAUGUCCGUGAAGGCUAUAGGAUGUUCAAAGAAAGAAGAUUUUUUAGAAAGUUAUAUGAAAGCACUCGAUUGCCUUUUACCCCUCCAUACGGAGGACUUCCAGUUAAAUUUCGCACAUACAUUGGGAAGCCAAUCCCUUACGAUCCCAAUAUAACUGCAGAGGAAUUAGUUGAAAAGACAAAGACUGCUGUCCAGGCUCUCAUAACCAAGCACCAAACAAUCCCAGGCAACAUAUGGAAGGCUUUACUGGAGAGAUUUGAUAAACGUCGUAAAAGUGAUUAGCAUGCUCAUGUUUAUUGCAUUGGUUUUACAGCAUACAGUAAAAAACAAUGUCCUACAGCACUGGUAAUUAAUAGUUGGUGUUUAAAUUACAAAUUUGAACAGAUUUGGUGGAAGAAAACAAUUAACCUCUAGAAAGUUCUUCCAUGUCUUUGAGAAUAUCCUAAACUAAGAAAGACUUAUGAAGAUGACUUAUGUAUAAUUGCAAUGCAACAGCCAAAUUCCCCCAAAAGAAAUCAUGCAGCCAAGAUUUUUCUGGUUCCUAAAACAAGUUUGUACUUACAUCCGAGGGCUUUAGUGGUGUUGUCUAGAUCUGUGUGUUUGUGUUUUGAGAACAGUCUGGUCUCAGAGCAGAGCCUCAGGGUUGGUGUUGUCCCACCAGAGACCACCCCAUAGGGGGCACCUUCCCUGAUGGGCCCCAAGCAAGACAUGUCAGAACAAACUGCCUUGCUUUACAUAAUCAGCUACUGCUGACACCAUUCUCCUAGAGACUACAGAAAGAGACAAUCCCAUAAAAACAGAUGAUAGACUCCUUAAAAUACAUCAGCUUACUAGUGCGUGCCCUGGAAAACAGGACUGUCUGCCUCCAAGACUUUUUCCCCACAGAAGAAGGUUUCUCAAAGAGAGGGAAAAAAAAAAGCUGUAGUUCAGUGUAGCAAAUAUUGCAAAUACAUGUAGAAGGUAGUUUCAAGUCUGAGCUGGUUCAUGCAUGCUCUAUUGCACCACACAAUAGUUGCUUAGUGGAUGAGGCUGCCCCAGCCUGAAAACCCCUGCAUAUGGUGUGUGCAGUAUGGUCGUGCUGUAUUUACUCCAAUUUACUCAAAUCUCCCAGUGACCAGUUUGGGGGAGCUUUCUCAGGCAAUGCAUCUUUGAGGCUUAUCGUCACUGGUGGUUUGCCUAAAAAUGCAGUACUGCAACACUGCCGGUACACAUUGAGCCAAAAUGCCUGUCUGGAAAGGCAGCUUGUCUUCCUAAUGCAACUUGUGGAAAACUGAGAGUUAGUACAAAACAGAAUGUGUUUAUACAGGUUGUGGGAUGUUGCUACUGGUGGGAGUGGGACAACUUUUUGUAAUCUAUCCAAUAUGCCACUAAAUGCAACCAAGUCUUAACUUCAAAGACCAAGAUAGGUAAUUUUUGUGCCUCAUUUUCCUUCAUGUACUUUUAAUAUGUAAAUAAUCUUUCCUCUCGACAUCCUAAAAGGUUACAUAGCAUCUAAAGAAAUAUAUGUAAUGUUUUCCCAUUUUUCAGUAGAAAACUAAAUCUGCUCUUUGGAUUAAAAUAAAUUCUUCCCUGACCCUGCCUCUUCACAAGUAUUUCUUGCACAUCUGGUGAAGGGAGAAGGAUGGACAGGUGAGUUAUGUCCCUGGACCAAAAAGACAGGAAUCCUGUCAAAUGCUGUCAACCCUCAAAUCUGUCUUAAGAUACAGGAGUCCUUACUUGAACACCUUAACUACAGGCAGAAAGAUUUUUUUUCCCAGCAGAAACUCAGCAUGCAUGGGAGAUGAUGAACUAAAGCAGAUCAAGAUGCAGACUGAUAUGCCUGGACAUAAGCAGGAAUUCAAACUGUGAAGUCUUACAUGCCGCACUGCAGUGAGGCAAGCUAAAAUUCAAAGCCUGAGCUUUCAAGGGAGAAAUGGAACUAAAGGAAAAAGGUUAUAGAAUACUAAAAUGGAUACAGAUAAAGAAGCAAGAGGAAUUAUAAGUAACCAGAAUCUGAAGGCUUUCUUUGUAUUGCAGACGCUGUAGAAGGACUAGACAGAAUCGUUGUUUGACUAUCCCCUUUUUCAAGUACAUCAACCCCAUUAUGGAAUGUGUCCAAAGAAGGGCAACAAAGCUAGUAAAGGGUCUGGAGCAGAGGUCUUACGAGGAAAAUCUGAGGGAGGUGGGGUUGUUUAGCCUGGAGAAAAGGACUGUGUGGGGACCAACACCUCCAACUACCUGAAAGCAUGGUUGCAGCCAGGUGGGAAUCAGUCUCUACUCCCUGGUAAUAAGGGACAGAACUAGAGGAAAAGGAAGUUGUGCUGGGAGAGGUUUAGAUUGGUUAUCAGUCAAAAUUUUUUCACUGAGAGGGUUGUCAAGCAUUGGAACAGGCUGCCCACAGCAGUGGUGAAGUCACCAUCCCAGGAGGUAUUUAGAAGAUGUGCAGAUGUGGCACUUGUGGAGAUGGUUUAAUGGUGGGCUUGGCAGAGUUAGGUUAUUGAUUGGACUCAGUGGUCUUAAACUUCCUUUCCAACUUAAUAAUUCUCAUUCUGUGACCAAUUAACCACUUCAGUAAUCAGAAUUUGCACAACCUUUCAAAUGUCAUGCUCUCUGAUACAUGAUGCUAGGAGCUGUGCUCCCACUCACAAUGGAUCACUAACCUUGGGUAGGAGAUAUAUAAUCAGAGUGCUGAUUAUUUUUAAAAGCAGAUAUUUCUGUCUCUAUCUCCUCUAUUUCAGCAGCUGUUAAUAUUUUCUAACAAGGUUUAAGUUUUUCCCAGGUUAUUACAUCUUUUAGCAGCUCCACCAUGCUAUCAGCAGCUUCUCUGAGUAAAAAAUAAUUUCUAUUUGUUAUAUUCUGUCACAGUUGUCUAAGAGUAUUUUCUGGGGUCUCAAGAUGAUAGACAAAAUAAUUACUGAGAAACAAGAGGGAUUUUGAAUGAUAUAUAUUAUUUUUCUAAUAAAAAAUUGUAAAUGUUUUUUCCUGAAAUGUUGUAGUACUGCUCUAAUAAUAACCAGUUAUUAUAUUAUUUUAGUGGCUCGCUCUAAAUUUUUACUCUUUUUAGAGCAGUAUUAUAGAAACUAGAACUAAAAACUGGUGUUACAGAAAUUAGAGUUCUUGUCAUACAAAUAGAAAUGUACUUGCAGAUCAAAUCACUCCCUUGGUACACUUAUUUUUUAGCCUCUCCAUCAUACAACCAAAAAAGAAAUGAAAACUAGCAAAGGACCUGUGCCUGCCUCAAAAUGAAAACAGCAUUUAUGACUUUUGUUGGAUAUAUUUUGCCAAGUAAAUAAUGUAUGAAAAUUCUGGUUUGGUAGGUUUUUGUGUGUAAGGUUAACCAGCUCAAACUAUUUUGCAUUGGGGAAGAAUAUGAUACUGAUAAAACAGUAAAUUAAUAAAAUCAUAGAAUAUCCAGAGUUGGAAGGGACCCAGAAGGAUCAUUGAGCUCCAGCUCCUGGCCUCGCACAGGGCAGCCCCAAGAGUCACACCACGUGCCUGUAGGAAUUCCUCUUGAGUUCUGGCAGGCUUGGGGCUGUGACCAGUUCAUUAAUUGGAUGACAGUGGAAGCAGUUACACAGUAAAGAGUGGGCACAACUGCACAUUUAUUAAUUGGAGAACAAUGGAAACAGGUACACGGUAAACUGAGUGCAACUGCUCAGCUGAGCAGCUGCAGGCAUCCAACAGGAAAAUGAUGCACGUGUAGAAGAGAGCUGGUCAGAAAAGCUCAGCAGGAGGAGAUCUGGAAGAGCUGGCCAAGUUCAUCCCUCCGAAGGCCGAGGGCGCAGUGUUCCAUGCCAUCCUAGCAGGUAGGGUAUCGGCACCAAUACCCGUGUGUUUGGAGCUGCACCCAGUGUCACUGGAACAGCUUACUUCUUUGACUGAUUUUUAUUUGUAAAUCCAUUUUUUUAAAAAAAAUUAUACCUAUAUCCAGGGAUUAAAUCCACAGCCGUCGGGCAGCCAGGAAUGAUUUAACAGCACCGUGCAUGCCAUGUGGGAACCAC